CACACUUCCCCAAUCAGAGAGGACCUUAUAAAUUGGUCGAGCAGCCAAUCCGAACGCGUCUUCUAUUGGAAGCUCGGCCUGACGUUCUAACCUUGAGCCGAUCGUGACACUGAGUUCCGUGUCUCUUCACCGCUUAAAACAAACACCUGCAAGAUGUCGGGCGUCGUGGCAAGGCUGGCCAAGCCUCAGAUGCGUGGUCAUCUGGGCAAGCGGCUGCGUAUACACCUCCCUAUCGCCUUCGGCCUCUCCAUUUUAACAGCCCUCGGAUACAAGUACGGUGUGAUGGAGCCAAGGAAGCAAGCGUAUGCCAACUUCUACAAGAACUACGAUGCCCUGAAGGAGUUUGAGGCCAUGCGGAAAGCGGGGGUGUUUGAGAGCGCCGAGCCUGACAGCAAGUGAAAUGGGCAAUCAAUAAAACGGCAUCACAAAUGACCACUCUGGGCAUCACUGCUGCACACUGCUGGGUUCACCGGUUAUACAAUUGAAAAAAGUGGUCACAAUCAUCAAUGAUAUUUAAAAAGCAUUCUUUUCCAUAACUGUAUAUUGGUCUGAAAUAAAGUACUGCUCUGCCCACCUA